UUAAUAUUGAUACUCAAUGAAUAACACAGUGGCAGGACACGGCACAGCUUUUCAACGCCGUUUAGGACAGCGUGAUAGGCUAUCGAAUGCCCUCAGCCCGCAGUGAAAUGAUGCCGUCGCUUACUGCCCAAAAUCCGUACUUUCAUCCGUCCGUCUGAGAUGCGGGAGAUGCUGUGGAGUCGCGCGGUGGUCUGGGACCGAAUCUGGACGCCCGAAGAUUGUUUUCCUCUCCACGGAAGUUAGCACAGAAUUUGAAUUUUUUUGGGCGUCUGCAAGCGAGUUUUUAGCUUCCGCGAAACAGCUGUAGUUGUCAGGAGCACGGCUGGUUUCUGUUCAGAAUGAUUCGCCGUGAAAAUCCGUUAUUCAUUACAGUUCUUCGACUCUCGGAUUGAAUUCAGAUUUGUGAAAGGGAUACAUACAGUUUGCAUACUUCGGCUUAUUUGCUACUUAUUUAUGGGAUUUGUUAUGUUUGGCUGUGUACUGUAGUUAUUGUCUGGAAAACAGAGAAAUUAUGGCUGAUGCUACGCUUGAGGAUUAGUGAAAGGAUUAUAUUUCAACAGCAGCCAAAUCAUCAACCAGUUGUGUUCAUUUGCUGUCUGUUGAUUUGGCAUGUUCCACUUUGUCUCAUUUAAAAGUAACCUAUUUUGAACGACAUUACAUGCAAUAUCGGAGUAAUAUAACUAUAGAAGAGACAUUCAGUUGUUUAAUAGUGAAAACAUAUAGUGGUCGGAAGGGUUCGAUUAAUCACCUACUGUGUUUGAGUAGGCAGCAGUUUAAUCCAAACAAAACAAUUUAGCAAAAUUAUGAAUCCGGUAAGAAUCAUAUCGCUUCCUUAUUGUUGUUUAUUCAAAAUGCGAUGUGCACAUGCUGUUGUAGAAAACUGAAAUUUAGAUGUUGUCAUAGAUUUAGCUAAUUAUUUCACCAGUCUAGCUGUAUUCUAUUUGUGCAGUGCUUGUAAAACCAGCACACACUCAUUCAUGCAGUCGGCUGUUGCCCUGUAGUCUGAUUCUGGGUGGAGUAAUACUCCAAACAAGUUGUCUAAUAUCAUGGCGGAUCGGACUGCUCCUCGUUGCCAAUUGAGAUUAGAAUGGAUUUACGGGUACAGGGGACAUCAAUGCAGAAACAACCUGUAUUAUACGGCUGGCAAAGAGGUGGUGUACUUCGUGGCUGGAGUUGGCGUCGUGUACAACACCAGAGAGCACACGCAGAAGUUUUACUUGGGCCACAACGAUGACAUUAUCAGCCUGGCUCUCCACCCGGAGAGGUCCCUGGUGGCCACGGGGCAGGUUGGGAAGGAGCCCUACGUGUGCGUGUGGGACACCUUCAGCGUCCAGACCGUCUCCCUGCUCAAGGAUGGACACUCUCACGGCGUGGCCUGCUUGGCUUUCAGCGCCGACGGACAGCGCCUCGCUUCUGUGGGGCUGGAUGCCAAAAACACAGUGUGUGUUUGGGACUGGAAAAAAGGAAAAAUCCUGGCCACAGCAACCGGACAUUCAGAUAGGAUCUUCGAUAUAUCCUGGGAUCCCUUUCAGCCGCACCGGCUGGUGAGCUGUGGAGUGAAACACAUAAAGUUCUGGGCUCUGUGUGGAAACUCCUUGACUCCUAAGCGAGGGAUAUUCGGCAAAACUGGCGACCUGCAGACCAUCCUGUGUGUAGCGUCGGCCAAAGAUGACAUCACGUACUCGGGGGCACUGAACGGUGACAUCUACGUGUGGAAGGGACUCAACCUUGUCCGCACGGUGCAGGCUGCUCACGGGGCCGGCAUCUUCAGUAUGUAUGCCUGCGAGGAGGGCUUUGCUACAGGGGGCCGUGAUGGCUGUAUCAGGCUCUGGGACGUGGACUUCAAGCCCAUCACCAAGGUGGACCUCCGUGAGGCAGAGCAGGGCUACAAAGGUCUGUCCAUCCGUAGUGUCUGCUGGCGUGCUGACCGGAUCCUGGCCGGCACCCAGGACAGUGAGAUCUUCGAAGUGAUGGUCCGGGACAGGGACAAGCCCCUGCUCAUCAUGCAGGGUCACUGUGAGGGAGAGCUCUGGGCGUUGGAUGUCCACCCCAAGAAGCCCCUGGCAGUGACGGGCAGUGACGACAGAUCCGUCCGGUUGUGGAGCCUGGCUGACCACGCCCUGAUCGCGCGAUGCAACAUGGAGGAGGCGGUCCGUAGUGUGGCGUUCAGCAACGAUGGUUCCCAGCUGGCCCUGGGCAUGAAGGAUGGCUCAUUCACUGUGCUUCGAGUCAGGGACAUGACAGAAGUGGUCCACAUCAAGGACAGGAAGGAGGUCAUCCACGAGAUGAAGUUCUCCCCGGACGGCUCCUACUUGGCGGUGGGCUCUAACGACGGCCUGGUGGAUGUGUAUGCCGUGGCGCAGCGCUACAAGAAGGUGGGCGAGUGCAACAAGUCGUCCAGUUUCAUCACACACCUGGACUGGUCCGUGGACGGCAAGGUCCUCCAGACCAACGAUGGCGCCGGAGAGAGACUGUUCUACCGCAUGCCGACUGGGAAGCAGCUGACUAAGGAGGAAGUGAAAGGGAUCCAUUGGAGCUCGUGGACCAGUGUGAUUGGUCCAGAGGUGAGCGGGAUCUGGCCCAAGUACACAAACAUCAACGACAUCAACUCGGUGGACGCCAACUACGCCAGCGCCGUGUUGGUCACCGGGGACGACUUCGGUCUCGUCAAACUGUUCCGCUUCCCCUGCUUGAAAAAAGGGGCCAAAUUCAAGAAGUUUGUCGGUCACUCUGCCCAUGUGACCAAUGUGCACUGGUCACAUGACCUCCAGUGGGUGUUGACCACGGGCGGGGCGGACCAUUCUGUGUUCCAGUGGCGGUUCCUUCCCGAGGGCGUCAUCAACGGCAUCAUAGAGACCAACGUACAAGAUGAUCAUGCAGACUCUAACAGCGAGGAGUCCGACUCUGACAUGUCUGAUGUUCCGGAACUGGAUUCUGACAUUGAACAGGAGACACAGAUCAACUAUGACAGACAGGUGUAUAAGGAGGACCUGCCUCAGCUCAGACAGCAGGGGAGAGAGAAGAAGCUGCAGGUGGGCUCUCUGAAGCGCCAGCGAGGCCCAGAUGAGGGACUGAGGCUGCAGUUUGUCCACGGGUACCGUGGUUACGACUGCAGGAACAACCUGUUCUACACGCAGACAGGCGAGGUGGUGUAUCAUGUGGCGGCGGUGGGCGUGGUUUACAACAGACAGCAACACGUGCAGCGUUUCUACCUGGGCCACGAUGACGACAUCCUCUGCCUCACUGUGCACCCACUCAAGGACUAUGCUGCUACUGGGCAGGUAGGCAGGGACCCAGCCAUCCAUGUGUGGGACAUCCAGACCCUCAAGUGUUUCUCCCUCUUAAAGGGCCACCACCAGAGAGGAGUGUGUGCCCUCGACUUUUCCGCGGAUGGCAAGACCCUGGUGUCAGUGGGGAUAGACGAGUACCACUCUAUCGUGGUGUGGGACUGGAAGAAAGGAGAGAAGCUGGCCACUGGCAGGGGUCACAAGGACAAGCUGUUUGUGGUGAAGUGUAACCCGAUCCUCAUGGAUAAGCUGGUCACAGUGGGUAUGAAGCACAUCAAGUUCUGGCAGCAUGCAGGCGGGGGCCUCACCUUCAGGCGGGGGGUGUUUGGGAACCUGGGGAAGCUGGAGAGCAUGAUGUCCGUGUGCUACGGGCGCACGGAGGAGCUGGUGUUCUCGGGCGCCGCCACGGGCGACGUGUACAUCUGGAAAGAACCCAACCUGCUGAAGACCAUCAAGGCCCACGACGGCCCCGUCUUCGCCAUGUUCUCCCUGGACAAGGGCUUUGUGACGGGAGGGAAAGAUGGCGUGGUGGAACUUUGGGACGACAUGUUUGAGAGGUGCCUGAAGACCUACGCCAUCAAGAGAGCAGCGCUGUCUCCUGGCUCCAAAGGACUGCUGCUGGAGGACAACCCGUCCAUACGUGCCAUCACUCUGGGCCACGGACACAUCCUGGUGGGGACCAAGAAUGGAGAGAUACUUGAAAUAGACAAGAGUGGCCCCAUGACCUUGCUGGUGCAGGGUCACAUGGAGGGUGAGGUGUGGGGUCUGGCGGCCCACCCCCUGCUGCCAGUCUGUGCCACUGUCAGUGAUGACAGAACCCUGCGCAUCUGGGAGCUCUCUGCCAACCAUCGCAUGGUGGCCGUACGCAAGCUGAAAAAAGGCGGGCGAUGCUGUGCCUUCUCCCCUGAUGGGAAAGCCUUAGCGGUGGGCCUGAAUGACGGCAGCUUCCUGGUGGUGAACUCUGACACUCUGGAGGACCUGGUGUCCUUCCACCACAGGAAGGAGGCCAUCUCUGACAUCAGGUUCACCCAAGAUGCAGGUAAAUACCUGGCUGUGGCCUCUCACGACAACUUUGUGGACAUUUACAACGUGAUGAGCAGCAAGAGGGUGGGAAUCUGCAAAGGAGCCUCCAGCUACAUCACACACAUAGACUGGGACGCCCGAGGGAAACUGCUGCAAGUAAAUUCAGGUGCCAAAGAACAAUUAUUCUUCGAAGCCCCCAGAGGGAAGAGGCAGACCAUACGGAACUCUGAGAUCGAGAAGAUUGAGUGGGCCACGUGGACCUGUGUUCUAGGCCCUACCUGCGAGGGCAUCUGGCCCACCCACAGUGACAUCACCGACGUCAACGCCGCCUCCCUCACCAAAGACAGGAAGUUGCUGGCCACCGGAGACGACUUUGGCUUCCUCAAACUGUUCAGCUACCCCGCCAAGGGUCAGUACGCCCGCUUCAAGAAAUACGUGGGCCACAGCGCCCAUGUGACCAACGUGCGCUGGGCACAGGAUGACGCCACGCUGUUGACGGUAGGCGGGGCAGACACAGCGCUGAUGAUCUGGGCGCUGGAGGGGGAGGGUCACCGCGAGAACCGGCCGGUCGACAGCGAGGAGUCCGAUGAUGACGUCGAGGAGGACGGAGGAUACGACAGUGAUGUGGCCAGAGAGAAGAGUAUUGACUACACCACUAAGAUCUACGCUGUCAGCAUCAGGGAGAUGUGUGGCAUCAAACCUCACCAGCAGCAGAAGGAAGUGUCGGCAGAGGAGAGGCAGGGCAUUGUCAAACCUCCAGUCAGCCGGGCCGCCCCCCAGCCAGAGAAGCUGCAGAAGAACAACAUAUCCAAAAAGAAGAAGUUAGUAGAAGACCUGGUGCUGGACCAUGUGUUUGGCUUCAGGGGUUUUGAUUGUCGUAACAACCUUCACUACCUCAAUGAUGGAUCUGACAUUGUCUACCAUACGGCCGCUACCGCCCUGGUGCACAGUCUCACCACAGGAACACAAAGCUUCUAUCUGGAACACACAGAUGACAUCCUCUGUCUGACUGUCAAUCAGCAUCCCAAGUACAAGAAUGUUAUUGCUACUGGACAGAUAGGCGACAUGACUGGCCUACCAGGCACCACUCCCUCCAUCCAUGUCUGGGAUGCCAUGAGUAAGCAGACUCUGUCCAUCCUUCGCUGUGCCCACACCAAGGGCGUGGGGUACGUUAACUUCAGCGCCACUGGCAAGCUGCUGCUGUCUGUAGGGGUGGAGCCAGAGCACACCAUCACAGUCUGGCGCUGGCAGGAGGGUGCAAAGGUGACCAGUAAAGGAGGCCACCCAGACAGGAUCUUUGUGGUUGAAUUCCGACCCGACUCUGACUCCCAGUUUGUAUCUGUGGGCAUCAAACACAUCAAGUUCUGGACGCUGGCGGGCGGGUCUCUCAUGUACAAGAAGGGGGUGGUGGGUUCCGUGGAGGAUGCCAGGAUGCAGACCAUGCUCUCUGUGGCCUUCGGUGCUAACAACCUAACUUUCACGGGUGCCAUAAACGGGGAUGUGUACGUGUGGAAGGAUCACGUCCUGCAGCGUGUGGUGGCCAAGGCACACACGGGCCCGGUGUUCACCAUGUACACCACGCUCAGGGACGGCCUCAUCGUCACCGGGGGCAAGGAGAGGCCUACCAAGGAGGGUGGGGCAGUUAAGCUGUGGGACCAGGAGAUGAAGCGUUGCCGUGCCUUCCAGCUGGAGACAGGCCAGCAGGUGGAGUGUGUUCGCUCCGUCUGUCGAGGCAAGGGUAAGAUCUUGGUGGGGACGAAGGAUGGGGAGGUGAUCGAGGUGGGAGAGAAGAACGCCGCCUCCAACAUCCUGAUCAACGGCCACAUGCAGGGGGAGAUCUGGGGUCUGGCUACCCACCCCUCCAAAGACAUAUUCAUCUCCGCCAGUGAUGACGGAACCAUACGCAUCUGGGAUCUGGCCGACAAGAAACUACUGAACAAGGUUUCUCUGGGCCAUCCAGCCAAGUGUGCCACCUACAGCCCCGACGGGGAGAUGGUGUCUGUGGGGAUGAAGAACGGAGAGUUCAUCAUCCUCCUCACCAACUCCCUCAAGAUGUGGGGCAAGAAAAGGGACCGCAGUGCUGCCAUACAGGACAUACGGUUCAGUCCGGACAAACGUCUCCUGGCUGUGGGGUCUGUGGAGAGCACAGUUGACCUCUACGACCUUACUCUGGGUCCUUCCCUUAACCGUGUGGGUUACUGCAUGGACAUUCCCAGCUUUGUCAUCCAGAUGGACUUCUCGGCAGACAGCAAGUUCAUAGAGGUGUCUACAGGGUCCUAUAAGCGUCAAGUGCAUGAGAUUCCCUCAGGGAAGAUAGUGACAGACCAGUCUGUGAUUGAUAGGAUCACCUGGGCCACCUGGACCAGUAUCCUAGGAGACGAGGUACUGGGGAUCUGGCCGCGGAACGCAGACAAAGCUGACGUCAACUGUGCCUGUGUCUCCCACGCCGGCCUCAACGUGGCCACUGGGGAUGACUUUGGCUUGGUCAAGCUCUUUGACUUCCCCUGCACUGAGAAAUUUGCCAAACACAAACGCUACUUUGGGCACUCAGCACACGUCACCAACAUCCGCUUCUCAUACGACGACAAGUAUGUCAUCAGCACGGGCGGGGAUGACUGCAGUGUUUUUGUGUGGAAAUGCCUGUGAUACAGAGACUUCUUCCUCACCUGUCAAGAACGUCAAGCUGUAUCAAACCUCUGACUGGUACUAUGACCGUGUCAAAGCUCCUGUGAGGCCUAGGUCAGCGUAGCAGCUGCACGUUCUUCCUGUUCCACGUUCUCAAGGUCCAACACUUGGUCAUUUGCGCUACCCCUCAAUGGAUAGUUGUUCGGGCGCUUUGAGCCAGUUCAUCCAAACCACAUGCCAAUACGAAAGGAUGUGAGGUGCUAUUUUGACCCAGGACUGAUCGCAACACCUCAAGUGUCUGGCUGCAUAAACAUUUUGCCUGGCAUGCUGCAACUAUGUAUCUGCCCCCAAAUGAUUCCCUAGACUGCUCCCAUGAAAUACCACCAAAGGUGAGCGUGCCUUUUGGGAUUUCAGAGGGGACUGGUUUAAGUAGGAGGCUGAAAACUCCCUCCAACCCAUACCCAGACCAAUCCAACACUUUGGAUGACUAGGGCAGGCACACUUUAAAGAGACGGGUCUGAUCAGUGGAACUCUUCUGAUAUUGAGAACAUGACUAGUGGGGUUGGGGUGGGGGGUUAGGAAUUAUGAUACAAUUGAAUUCUAAACUUUAGGAAAGGAAAAAUAGGUUCGAACAUGCUUCUACUGAUUUAUUCGCUAAAAUGGUGGAUUUUCUUACAAAGAAAUGAUGACCAUACAUGUUUGUUUACAUUCUCACCUGCGUUCAGUAAUUAAAGACUAAUGAAAACAGGUGGUCAUGCCAUGCUAUUGAUUUAUAUUGUGUAUUGAUUAUGAUUGCCAUUGGCUAUAAAGAGGGGAUUCAGCUGUCAUUCAUUUGAACAAGCCUUCUGCGUUGUUGAAUACCAUCCAACUUAAGUGCCUUUUUGAAUAUUUCUACUUGUGUUAUUUAUAUAUUUUUUUUUAUUUCACUGUUGAAAUUAUUUUUUAAUGUGUCUGGUGCUAUUAGAAUACACAAUUUAACUCA